AUGGCUUUCGGUACGGCAACCAGGCGAAUUGCGCAUUGUGUUCGUUCAGCGAGAUUCUUCGCGGAGUCUGACUCACGUCGACAAUUGAGAUGUGUUUCGACAAAGUCAGGGGCUGAGAGAGUCCAGGGUGUAGAACGGACUCCCUCCCAUAAGGAUCCCACGCCUGAUUCGCUUUCAGGGCAGCUCGUGGGCCAGCAGGCCCCCUUCAUGGUACCAACUUACGUGCGACCACCUCCCGUAAUGUAUUCGGGCAGAGGGUGCUAUCUAUGGGACAUGGAGCAGCGAAAAUAUCUAGAUUUCACAGCUGGCAUCGCCGUCACUUCCCUCGGCCAUUCCGACCCCGGAAUUGCCGAAAUCAUAUCACGACAGUCCAGAAUUUUAAUGCACGCUUCGAAUCUCUAUCACAAUAAAUGGACCGGUGCACUCAGCCAGCUACUGGUGACUUACACCCUAGAUUCCGGCGCAAUGCGCACGGCCUCGCAAGCCUUCAUCUGCAACUCCGGCACAGAAGCCAACGAAGCCGCCAUAAAAUUCGCCAGAAAAGUGGGCCACAGCCUCGAUGCCUCCGGGUCCAAAUACGAAUUCGUCUCCUUCUAUCACUCCUUCCACGGCCGCACCUUCGGCGCCCUCUCCGCAACCCCAAACCCAAAAUACCAGGCCCCUUUCGCCCCUAUGGUCCCCGGCUUCAAGUACGGCACAUAUAACGACGUCGCCCAACUACCCUCCCUCAUCACCUCGAAAACGUGUGGCGUCAUCGUCGAACCCAUCCAGGGGGAAGGAGGCGUGCACAGCGCCACGCCCGAAUUCCUCAGCGCCCUGCGCACCCGCUGCGACGAUGUCGGCGCCGUCCUCAUCUUCGACGAGAUUCAAUGCGGCCUGUCGCGCACCGGCUCCCUGUGGGCCCACGCCAACCCAGCCCUGGAACCAAAGGACGCCCACUCCCUCCCCGCGCACCCGGAUAUCCUCACCACCGCCAAGGCGCUGGGCAACGGCAUGCCCAUCGGUGCCACCAUCAUCUCCGACGGAGUCGGGCAGUUCAUAAAGACGGGCGACCACGGGACGACGUUUGGCGGGAACCCGCUGGCCUGUCGUGUGGCGCAGCAUGUGCUUACCCGCCUUGCGUCUGGCGCCUUGCAGUCCUCCGUGCGCUCGCGGUCUGUGGCCUUCAGGUCCGGACUUGAGCAGUUGCGGAAGAGAUUCCCGGAUGCGGUGGCGGAUAUUCGUGGGCGUGGGUUGAUUAUGGGCUUGCAGCUUGCGGAGCCGUAUCAGGGGCUUAUAGGGGAUGUUGUCACUGAGGCGAGACACAGGGGCUUGCUGAUUAUUACGGCUGGGGAGGGGUGUUUGAGGUUUGUGCCCCCGUUGAUCAUCAAUGAUGAUGAGAUUAGCGAAGGGUUGGGGAUUUUGGGAGAGGCGAUGGAAGCGGCAUUUUCUGAGGUCGCUUGA